GCUAAUAGCGACAUUCUCAUACGGCGCGUCGCAUCAACAAUCCCCCCUCCCGCAAGCCUUGCAGGGAGACCCUCGCAUUACCUUCUUCAAGCCUAUUGGAUUCUGUCGCCCGUAGGAGUUGGAGAAGAGCCGUUCCAAAAAAGUUAUAUGGUAGAUCCCACGACAAAGCCGCAAGGAAUGUUGUCGGUAGCAGAGAUCUCCACGUACCCGGUGGGCAAGGUGCCCGGCCAGGGUGCAAAAGUUGAAGCCUACCUUCGCAAGUCGCUGCAGGAGCGAAUCAUGUUCAUCGACGGUGCCAUGGGAACAAUGAUUCAGCGAUACAGGUUCUCCGAACAGGAUUUCAGGACGGAACGGUUCAAGGACCACCCGAAGGACUUCUUGAAGGGCAAUAACGACUUGCUGUCCAUCACCCAGCCCAAAGCAAUUUACGAGAUCCACUGCAAAUACCUGGAGUCCGGGUCGGACAUGAUUGAGACAAACACCUUCUCCUCGACAUCGAUCGCACAGGCCGAUUAUCUGAUGCAGGACCUCGUUUACGAGAUGAACAUCGAGUCGGCGAGAUUAGCAAAGAAGGCUUGCGAGGAGUACACGAAGAAGGAUCCCUCAAAGCCACGUUUCGUCGCGGGUGCCAUCGGUCCCACAAAUCAAACGUUAUCCAUCUCUCCGUCAGUCGAGAACCCGUCAUAUCGUGCGACAACCUUCGAUGCCAUGGUGGCUGCCUACGCCGAGCAGGUGCGAGGUCUACUGGAUGGUGGCUCUGAUGUCUUGCUGGUUGAGACGAUUUUCGACACAUUGAACGCUAAAGCCGCGCUAUACGCCAUCGACGUGGUGUUUGAGGAAGAUGGGUACGACAGGGUUCCCAUCCUGGUGUCUGGAACGAUUGUUGACCAAUCUGGACGUACGCUGUCUGGUCAGACCGGAGAGGCUUUCAUUGCCUCCGUCGGUCACAGUGAUCCAUUGGCCAUCGGACUCAACUGCGCUUUGGGUGCCGACCAAAUGUUGCCAUUCCUGCAAAACAUCUCCAAGAACAACCCCACUUUCAUUAUCUGUUAUCCCAACGCCGGUCUUCCCAACACCUUCGGAGAGUACGACCAAUCACCUGCGGACAUGGCAGAGCAGGUUCGACCGUUCGCCGAGUUGGGACUUCUGAACAUCGUUGGAGGAUGUUGUGGUACCACCCCCGACCACAUCAAAGCGAUCGCAGACAUGUGUAAAGGAUACGCACCCCGUGUGCCGCCCACGAUAGAUCCGGAAACGUUGAUCGUAUCCGGUCUCGAGACACUGAAGAUUAACAAGGAAACUGGAUUCGUUAACAUCGGAGAGAGAUGUAACGUCUCCGGUUCCCGAGUGUUUGCAAAGAAGAUCUUGAACGGAGCAUACGAGGAAGCCCUCGCCAUCGGACGAGCCCAAGUCGAAGCCGGAGCGCAGGUCAUCGACAUCAACAUGGAUGAAGGUCUCUUGGACGGCAAAGUCGCCAUCGCAAAGUUCCUUAACUACAUCGCCUCCGAGCCCGACAUUGCAAAAGUCCCCAUCAUGGUCGACUCGUCGAAUUUCGAGGUCGUCCUCGCCGGUCUCAAAUGCGUGCAGGGGAAAUGUAUCGUCAACUCGAUCAGUUUGAAAGAAGGUGAAGCCGAUUUCAUCAAAAAGGCGAAAAUCGUUAAGCGCUUCGGUGCCGCUGUCGUCGUUAUGGCGUUCGAUGAGACCGGUCAGGCCGUCGAAGCGCAGCGCAAGUACGAGAUUUGCGCGCGGUCGUAUAAGAUCCUGACGGAGGUUUGUGGGUUCAAGGGGUGUGAGAUUAUCUUCGACCCCAAUAUCCUGACUAUCGCGACGGGAAUGGAGGAGCAUAACCACUACGCUGUGGAGUUUAUUGAAUCCAACCGCUUGAUCAAGGCCAACCUCCCCGGUGCCAAGAUCAGCGGAGGUGUCUCCAACCUGUCGUUCUCCUUCCGUGGAAAGGAGGUACUCCGUCAGGCCAUGCACAGUGUGUUUCUGUACCACGCCAUCAAGGCCGGGAUGGACAUGGGUAUCGUCAACGCUGGUUUCCUGACCAUCUACGACGAUAUCCCCAAAGACCUUUUGGAAAUUUGCGAGAACGCCAUCUGGAAUAGGGACCCCGAGGUGACCGAGAAGCUUCUCGCCUAUGCCGAGACGCACGGAAAGGACUCGACAAAGUCCGCUGCUGAGGCUGAGGAGUGGCGCAAGGAAGACGUGGAGCAGAGGUUGAAAUACGCGUUGGUCAAGGGGAUCACCAAACACAUCAUCGAAGACACCGAGGAGGCCCGGCUGAACAAGGAACGGUACCCGCGACCACUGAACGUCAUCGAAGGCCCCCUCAUGGCCGGCAUGUCCGUCGUCGGAGAACUCUUCGGCGCCGGCAAGAUGUUCUUGCCGCAAGUCAUCAAAUCCGCGCGUGUGAUGAAGAGCGCCGUGGCGCAUCUGAUCCCGUUCAUGGAGGAGGAGCGGCUGGCCAACCUGGCUGCGGGCGGGAUCGACGACAGCGAUCCGAAUGCGGCGUAUAACGGGACGGUUGUCCUGGCGACUGUGAAGGGUGAUGUGCACGAUAUUGGCAAGAAUAUUGUUGGGGUUGUGUUGGGAUGCAAUAACUAUAAGAUUAUUGAUUUGGGCGUUAUGACGCCUUGUGAUAAGAUUUUGGACGCUGCGAUCAAGGAGCGCGCGGAUGUGAUUGGGUUGAGUGGGUUGAUUACGCCUAGUUUGGACGAGAUGGUGUACGUCGCCAAGGAAAUGGAGAGGAAAGGAUUGAAGAUCCCUCUCCUGAUCGGCGGUGCCACAACAUCCAAAAUGCACACCGCCGUAAAGAUCGCCCCCCGCUACUCCGAACCCGCCGUGCACGUCCUCGACGCCUCGCGGUCCGUCGUCGUAGUGUCCAACCUCCUCGACGGCAAGGUCCGUGAAGACUUUGUCGACGACAUUGCAGACGAAUACGAGGACCUGCGUGCCGAGCACUACGAAGGGCUGAAGGAUCGGCGGUACCUGACCCUCGACGAGGCGAUGAAGAAGCGGGCAAAGAUCACCUGGGACCAGGCCACCGUGCCAUGCAAGCCCAAGUUCUACGGAAGCAAGUCGUUCAAGGAAUACGACAUAAAGUCGCUGAUCCCAUAUAUCGACUGGAACCCCUUCUUCCAGACAUGGCAGCUGCGUGGAAAGUACCCCAACCGUGGGUUCCCCAAGAUCUUCAACGACGAAACCGUCGGCGAGGAAGCAAAGAAGCUGCACGACGACGCCAUGGAGAUGCUAAACACCAUCGUCGAAGAGAAGAUCCUCUCCGCGCGUGCCAUCAUCGGGUUCUGGCCCGCAGCGUCGAUAGGCGAGGACAUUGAGAUCUUCUCCGACGACAAGAACCUUAACACACCGGUCGCGACAUUCUACGGGCUCCGUCAACAAGCCGAGAAGGACGCAGAUAACGACGAGCCAUACUACUCCCUCUCCGACUUCAUCGCGCCCAAAACAACCAAGAUUCUCGACCACGUGGGCGCAUUCGCCGUAUCCUGCGGGUUCGGCGUCGACGAGAAAUGCGUCGAGUACGAGAAACAGCACGACGAUUACAGCAUCAUCAUGCUCAAAGCCCUCGCGGACCGUCUCACCGAGGCCCUGGCGGAGGUCGUGCAUGCGGAUAUCCGGAAGAACUGGUGGGGAUAUGCGCCGGAGGAGGAUCUGUCCCCGGAAGAGAUGCUGCAGGUCAAGUACCAGGGCAUUCGGCCGGCGCCGGGGUACCCCACGCAGCCUGACCAUACGGAGAAGGAGACGAUGUGGAAGUUGAUGGAGAUUGAGAAGGAGACGGGGAUUGGGUUAACUGAGUCUCUGGUGAGUAGGAUGAGCCAGUGUAUUUUAUCACCGCCUUCGACUGGGAUCUAGAUUCUGAUGAUGUCCUCUCUCCCUCCUCAUCCACACAGGCCAUGACACCAGCAGCCUCCG